CGUUGUGUGAGUUCGCAGUUAGUGUCACGCGGCAAGAUCCGAUAUCUCCAAACAAUGCCUACGCUACAGGACAUAGUAACUGCAAUGGCAUCUGGUCAUGGAGGGUCUGCUGCUCUGGAAUACAAUAAAGGACCACACUCUACAGGAGAGGGGGACCGGUACGAGGAGCGCCUGCUGGCCCUGGUCUUCCUCCGCUGCGUGCGGUAUGGGCUACACUUUCAGUUGUGUGCCAACAAUGGCGAUGCUGGGAAGUUCGAUGACGUGGUGUUGGUAUGGCGACCUGAGGGACAAAAUGAGGUGAACACCCUGCUCGUCCAGCUCAAGCACAAGACCUCCUCGACGGCCAUGACCGUACACAGUGGCGCGUGGCUGUCAAAGGCCACGAAAUGCGACUUCGGGCUCAGGAUGUACUGCACCUCUUACAGAGAAAUUAGCCAGACACUGGAUACGAACAGAGCCACAUUCGCCCUGUUGACGAACGCCUGUCUGGGCGACAGUAGCCUCGACAUACUUGAGCGCCAGUAUGAGGGCACCUUCCCAGGUCUGGAGCUGCUAGAGACUGGUGGCCACCUGUACAAGCUCAAACCGAACAACGAACAGGUUUGGAAGGCAGUCCAUGAGGACAUCAGCUUUGUGGAGAAUUUCUACCUGCUGUGCCAGCAGAGCAGUUCUAAUAACAUUGUAGGCGACAUUUGCAGGGAGCUGGAAGAAUUGCUGGGCGCCGGUGACCUAUGCGAAACCUUGUGUGACAGCUUGUGCAAGAGCAUCAGGGACUGGAUGAACAACCAGAGCGCGUGUUUGACGAGUGCUUGGAGCACAUGGCAGGCACUCGUGGACGAAUACGUCAGGAAGCAGGUGACCGAGUGCAGAGUAGUUACCACCAGACUGGAGUACUGCAAUGUGGAAAAUGUUCGGAGCUACGUGGAGUCGUGUAACCCAGCGUGGUUGAGGCCUCCAGGAAGGCAAAUGGAGGCUCUCUCUGCUACGAAGAUUCACCAGGCACUGGCUAAUGAAACGCACAUCAUGGUGGCUGUGGACCGAUUCAGAUUGCUGCGACACCGGAUUCUCCGCUGUUGGGGACCGUACUGCCGAUGGCUGGUGAUUGUAGAUGAUGAGACUGAAGAUAGCUCUGCGAUUCUGGAUGAGCUUACGAACGAGAUGCAAAGUGAACACCGAAGUCAUCGCCGCUUCGUCGUUGUGUCGUGGAGGGGCAGCCACUGCUUCAGCGACACUUGCCGCACAGCUGACAUCAGCGGCGACAGCUGGAACAACUUCCUGAACAUUAGUGUCGCGUUAAACGGGGACCGCUACGGAUGCCGCCUGCAGGACCUGGUGGCGGACGUCGACGCCCUCCAGUCACUGCUGGACGGCGAGCCGGCACUCUUGCUGGCUCUGGCGCAGCUGUCGCAGCCUCUGAGGAUGGGCCAGGAGCUGGAAACACUGCCCGCGCACUACGUGCCCAGGAAGCUCGUGGACCAGCGGGUGUUGACGGAAGAGUUUUUCUCCACUCUGGUUAAGAUGCGAGAGAAAGAGCACUCCAAAGGUACCGGCAGCAACACAAUAAUUGUGAAGGGGAAGCCCGGAGUGGGCAAGUCGAAGAUGCUGUCACACGUGGCGGAAAAAAUAAAAGAGAAGGUCCCUUCCUGCUGGCUAUUGCGAGUUAAUCUAUUUAAGUUUUACACAGUUUUAGACCACAGUAAGAACGGUGUGAGUGCUGCGGAAGACAUCUUGAGGCGGACAGUGUUUAACGAGGGCGUUCUAGGUGAACUGGAGUACACCCUGCUUAGACACUGCCUGCUGCAGUCCACGCAAGUCGUUUGUCUCGUGGACGGCUUCGACGAGGUGUGCCCGGACUAUUUCCACAAGUGCCUCGAGGUGCUGCCUCUGCUGUCUCCACGCAAGGGAAAGCUACUGGUGACGACGAGGCCACAACCGGUGUUUUUCUUACAGGCUCGGAGGAGAAAGUCGGCACACACGCUGGAGCCUUUCAGUGAAUCGGAGCUAGAAUAUUUCUUCACGAGCCAUUCCUCGAAGGGAAACAUCCCAGCCGUCAGUGUUCUCAACAAGAACUUGAGGAAUCUUCUGAGGAUCCCCCUGUUUGCUGAAAUGUUUGUAAAUCUGUCGCAGGAAAUUGAUGAGGCGUAUGACGUUGUGACUCUGUACGAAGCUUUCUUCCGAAAUAAAUUUAGGAGGCUGUACGAGGAAAAAUGGGGUGACAACUUUUCCGCUCCCGGGAAGAGGAGAGAGGUCGAGAAGGCGCAGCAGAAGCACGAAGAACAGCUGAUGCUCCUCGCGGCGUGGGUUCUGUUGCACAUCGGAGACGUACGGGGAAUGUCAUGGUACGAUAGGGGUGACUUCGUGAAAGCCGGAAUCGUGUACGAGUACAUCCACAGACCGCAGUUCCUGCACAGGACGUUCGCCGAACACUUCCUCGCCAAGUGGUGCUUCCUCGGAUACGGAGAUCGGAGCCGUGCGGUGGUGUGCCGUAAGGCCUACCUCAACGAGAGACUGGAUUUCUUUCGAGAGUCCUUCGACCGCAGGGCAGUGAGGGGCCGGCCACUGCUGGAGGCGGUGCUGGAGGCCCUGUCGAGUGGCGACGAGGGCGAGAUGAGGGCGCUGCUGGCCGGGGGUGCCGACUGGAGGCAGACAGACGCGUGUGGGCGCAACGCGCUGCACCUGGCGGUGGCCCACGGGUCGCUCCCUCUGCUGCGGCAACUGUGCAGACGCGCGGGGGAGGGCACACUGUCUGCAGAGGACGGCCUGCUCGGGUGGACGCCGGUGAGGUACGCCUGGGAGCGCAAAUGCUGGUCUGCUGUGGAAGUGCUGCUGAUGGCGGGAAGUGAAUUCAGCCACCUGGGGGUCGUGAAGGCGGGGCAGCACGACCCCGUACAACUGCAGGCCGUGUUCGAGCAGGGCGGAUGCCGGGCCCUGUACCGGAACAUCGUGGAGGUGAAACGUCGCUUACAGAAUGACACCAACAUCUGUAUGGUGGGAGAAGAAUUAGAGUUUGCUGUAAACCUGAUGUAUGAAGAUAUCCCAAGACAGUGUCUCAGUCUCAUCGCCGAAAAGGCCUGGGAGCAAGGACACGUAUGGGUGCCCAUUUUCAUUGACCCUCACAACUUCAGAACAGUAGGAGUUUUGAGCUAUCUUCGCGAGAAGAGAGGAAAUGGCAGCAAUAGCAGCAGCAGCCCCUGUCGUGCCACUGACGUUGCAGAUGGGUGCACCACACCCCUGCCAGAGGAUCAGGUGGGGUCUCCAGCAGGCUCCAGUGGCUGUGGGCAAGCAGCGAAGUGGCAUGAGUCCUGGCUGGAUAGCGACAAGGGCACCAGGUCUGCUGCUAUGGAGUACAAGAAGGGAGCACUCACUGCAGAAUUUGGAGGAUCGUACGAGAAGCGUGUGCUGGCCCUGGUCCUCCUCCGCUGCCUGAGGCGUGGGCUUCUCUUCCAGUUGUCUCCCAACAAUCGCGAUGCAGGCAAGUUCGGCGAUGUGGUGCUGGUGUGGCGACGCGAGGAACAUUCUGAGGUGCACGCCCUGCUCGUCCAGGUCAGACGCAUAACCGCUAGGAGGAUGACCAUCGCCAGGCGCAUGUGGCUGACCCAGACUUCCGGCGGUUACUUCAGUCUCAGCAAGUACUGCACCUCCUACAGAAAAAUUAACAAGUCACUGGUGAACGGCAGAGUCACAUGCGUCUUGCUGACGAACAUCUGCCUCGAUGACAGUAGCCUCAGCUUGUUUCAGCGCCAGGAUGUGGGCAGUGUCCCAGGUCUGGAGCUGCUAGAGGCUGGUGGUGACCUGUACAAGCUCAACCCUAAAAACGAACGGGUGUGGAAGGCAGUCCAUGAGGACAUAAGCUUUGUGGAGAAUUUCUACCUAUUGUGUAAUCAGAGGGAUUAUGUGAAAAUAUUGGGCGACAUUUACAGAGAGCUGGAACAUUUGUUGGGCGCAGGUAACCUGUGAGGAUCCAUCUGGUAAGAUAUGUGUGAUGACCUCAUGUCUUGGAUGUACAAAUAGUGUGUGUGUUUGACGAGUGGCUGGAGCAAUUGUUGGACACUUGUAGUUGAAUACACCAGGAAAGAGACUGAGUGAAGAAUGGUGACCACCAGACGUGAGUAUUGCAGUGUGGCUGUUGUUUCGGGUUAAAUAGAGUUCUGUAACUCAGCAAAGAUGAAGCCUCCAGAAAUGGGAACGGUGGUUCUCUCUGCUACUGACUCACCAAAGACUGGCUCACAAAACGCACACCUUGGUAGCUAUGGACAGGUUCUUCGCUGCUGGGUAUGAAAGAGUUAAUUUUUUGAAUUGUACAAAUUUUUUUAUGUGAUCUCAGAAAAUAUUUUGCAUCAUUAAGUACAAUUAGGCACCAUUGGCCACCAUCAAAACAAUUGAAAUCAGCAUCAGAUGCUAAUCCAGAAAUGCUUUGUUGUAGCAAAUGCAUAUACUGCUGAGCCAAAACAUAAUUACCAUGUGCUUAAUAGCGUGUUCCUCCACUAUUGGAACGCAAUACAGCUGCGAAUGUGCUUGACAUGCGUUCGAUAAUUGUUUGGUAGUUUUCCAGACUAUGUGGCUGAAGGAAAGUUUCAGAGAGAACAUCGGGAAACACUGGACUGUAACAGGUGAAAGGAAUACGAUUGAAGUUGGAUGCAUAGCUUUCAGAGAUGAAAUAGUAAAGGCAGCACACGAUCACAUAGGUAAAAAAGCAAGACCUAGUAGAAGUCCCUGAAUAACUGAGUUAAAAUGAUGAAAGGAGAAAAUAUAAAAAUGCAGCAAGAGAAUACAAAUGUAUAAAAUAUGAAUUGACAGAAAGUGCAGAACAGGUAAGCAGGAAUGGUAUGCAGAACUAGGGGACGGAUGAGACCUCUGAAGAAAAUAGAAGCGACUGUGUGAAUAUCAAGAGUUUUGCAGGUACUAAGCAAAGGAGACAAUGAAAGGCGGACGGAACAUAUAGAAUGUCUAUACAAGGGAAACUUCAAAAAUGGUUCAAAUGGCUCUGAGCACUAUGGGACUUAACAUCUGUGGUCGUCAGACCCCUAGAACUUAGAACUACUUAAACCUAACUAACCUAAGGACAUCACACACAUCCAUACCCGAGGCAGGAUUCGAAUCUGCAACCGUAGCGGUCACGCGGUUCCAGACUGAAGCGCCUACAACCGCUCGGCCACUGAGGCCGGCGCGAGAGCUAACCACGACAAAAUUAUUGCAUCUGGUGUGCAAGAUAUAUGAUACUGGGGAAAUACACUCACUCACACUUAAGGAAAAACGUAAUAAUUGCAAUUCCAAAUAAGGCAGUCGCUCUAAGUUGUGAAUUAUAUCGAACCAUUAGUUUAAUAAGUCAUCAAUGCAAAAUACUGACACAAGCUAUUUACACAAGAGUGGAAGAACUGGUAAAAGGCAACAAUGUGGAAAAUCAGUUUGGGUUUCAGAGAAAUACAGGAACACAGAUGCCUGAUCGUACCACUUAUCCAAGAAGAUAGAUUGAAGAAAGAAAAACCUAUGUUUAUAGCAUUUAUAGAUUUAGAGAAAGCUUUUGACAAUGUUAAGUGCCCUAUAAUCUUUGAAAUUUUGAAGAGAGUAGGAAUAAAAUACAGGGAGUGAAAUGGUAUCUAUAACUUGUACAGAAAUCCGUCCGCAUCUAUAAGAGGUGAGGUGCAUGAAAGGCAAGGAGUGAUUCAGAAGAUAGUGAGACAGGAUCGUAGGUAUCUCCAAUAUUAUUCAAUCUGCACAUCGAGCAAGCAGUGAAGCAAACGAAGGAGAUAUACAGGAAGAGAAUUAGAGUUCAGGGAGAAGGAAUGAAAUCUCUGCCGUUUGACGAUGACACCGAAAUUCUGCCAGAGACAGAAGUGGGCUUGGAGGAGCAUUUCAACGGAAUAAACAGUGUCUUGAAAGUAUAUAAGAUGAACAUGAAUUAAAGCAAAACAAGGGUAAAGGAUUGUGAUCGAAUGGUGAGGGAAUGAGAUUUCGAAAUGAGACGCUAGAAAUAGUAGAAGAAUUUUUGCGCUAUGGGUCGUAACAUAACUGAUGGUGGCCGAAAUAGAGAGGAUACAAAAUUUUGACUGGCAAUAGCAAGAGAAGUAUUAUAAAAAAAAGGGGAGUUUAUUAACAUCUAAUAUCAGCUUAAACCUUUCACACCUGUAUUUCUUCUGGACGAAGAAAAAAUUUCUUUAUGCUGUAACGCUCUUAGGUGAUCUUUCAGUCAUUUUAGAUGCAAGAUUUAUACAAAAUUAUGUACCCACUUCCAAAAAGUACUUUGUCACUUCUUCUUUUUAUGUACUAAAAUAACUAAUUUUGAAAUA